CGUUAAUUCCGUCGGUAAGGGUAAAAUAAAAGAUAUAUCCUAGGGCACGGAAAUACUUCUUCUCACUUCAAACACCCAACACAGAUAGAGAGAGAGAGCUUUUACUGUAAAUUUAGGGUGAAAUCGUGAAAGGGAUAAAAAAUAAUGUGAAUCUAGGGCUUUUAUUGCAUUUUUCUCUUCUUCUGCUGCAUCUUUUCGCUAAAGGACAGGAACAUGAAUAAUCUAGAGCGUGUUUGGAUGUACGAGAAGUUGGAUGGCCGAGGGAGUAUAAACCGUAGCUUUGUAACCGGUAUGGACAAUUUUAUUCAGUUUGCACGUUCUCAACGAAAUUACAUGAGCGGUGACAAGGUUAGAUGUCCAUGUAAAAAAUGUCACAACAUUAAAUACAUGGAUGCUGAAAUCGUUCAAUAUCACCUUUUUCAUUUUGGAUUUGUUGAGAACUAUUUUGUUUGGGAUUAUUAAGGGGAAAAAGAUAUGAUCAAUGAGAUAGCUUCUGGCAAUGAUUUGCACGGUGGUGCUCAACCUGAAUUGGGAUUUGAUAAUCCAUACGGACAAAUGGUCUUAGAUGCAGCUGGUCCCAACUUUGGUCAGGGUUCGAGUUCGCAAUCUUAUAGCAAUAUUGAACCUGAUUCUUAUCAUCCUUGUGAACCUUCAAUGGAGGAGGAGCCUAAUCCUUCAAUGAAGGAGGAUCCUAAUCCUUCAAUGGAGGAGGAGCCUAAUCUUGAGUCCCAGAGAUUUUAUGAUUUGCUACGAGCUGCUGAUGCCGACUUGUAUCCCGGUUCUUCUCUCUCUCAACUUGCAGUAGUCUCCAGGAUGUUAAAUAUUAAAAUGGAGAAUACUAUGUCACAGAGAGGUUAUAACCAAAUGAUGCAAUUGUUGAAAGAGGCUUUACCUGAAGAUAACAAAGUGCUUGAUAGCUAUUAUCAGACUAAGAAACUAGUGCGUAGUUUGGGUUUGCCAGUUGAAAAGAUUGAUUGUUGUGAUUCAGGAUGUAUGUUGUAUUGGGGUGAUGAUGCACCUUACAUCUUGUAAAUUCUGUGUCUACCAGAGGUAUAAGCGUCGUGUCGGCUCUCGUAAAAGGAAAUUGGGCCCUUACAAGAAAAUGUGUUAUUUUCCUUUGAUUCCUAGAUUGCAAAGAUUAUAUGCAUCCCAUGCUACAGAUGCCGACAUGAGAUGGCACCAUGAGCAUACACAAGAGGAUGGGGUAAUGCGUCAUCCAUCAGAAUCUAAGGCUUGGAAGAAUUUCAAUGAAACUCAUUCUUUUUUUGCUGCUGAACCAAGAAAUGUAAGGUUGGGGUUAUAUACUGAUGGUUUCCAACCCUUUAGUCAGUCUGGGAGGAAAUACUCUUCGUGGCCAGUGAUUGUCACCCCAUACAAUUUACCUCCAGGAAUGUGCAUGAAAGAGGCAUAUAUGUUCCUAACUAUCAUUGUUCUUGGGCCAAACAAUCCCAAAUAUAAAAUUGAUGUUUAUCUGCAACCUCUAAUAAAAGAAUUGACUUUGUUAUGGGAGACAGGUGUAGAAGCAUUUGACAUCUCGAAAAAGCAAAACUUUCAACUAAGGGCAGCUUUGAUGUGGACAAUCAGUGACUUCCUAGCAUAUUCUAUGUUAUCAGGAUGGAGUACUGCCGGCAAGUUAGCAUGUCCUUAUUGUAUGGAGGAAACACAAUCCUUUAGAUUACAACAUGGCAGGAAUACAUCUUGGUUUGACAGUCAUAGAAUGUUCCUUGACCAACAUCAUCCGUUUAGGAGAGAUCGUAAAAACUUUCUCAAAGGUAAGACUGUGAAAAGACUAUCACCAUCCUAUAGAAUAGGAAAGGAAAUUUUGAACCAAAUUUGUGACUUAGGGAUAAGGAAAGUAACAGAGUUAGAUGCACAGGAAGUUAAUCGGAAAAUAUAUAAGUCUUGUGGGUGGAAAAAGCGAAACAUAUUUUGGGAUUUUCCUUAUUGGAGUUCUAACAUGAUUCGACAUAAUCUUGACGUCAUGCAUAUUGAAAAAAAUGUCUUUGAUAAUGUAUUUAAUACAGUUCUAAACAUUGAUAACAAAACCAAAGACAAUCACAAUCACGUCUAGAUAUGGUAAAUAUUGUGAUCGACCACAGCUGGCAAAGGAUACUAGUGGAAAAUAUCCAAAAGUUGUAUAUACAAUAGACAAGGAAGAAAGAGCUAUCUUGUUCAAUUGGGUGAAGGGUUUGAAGUUUCCAGAUGGGUAUGUUUCGAAUUUGGGUAGAUGUCCAGACACAAAUGCGAAAAGGUUAUUUGACAUAAAAAGUCAUGAUUGCCAUGUGUUCAUGCAACGACUAAUGCCUAUUGCUUUCCGUGAACUACUUCCUAGUAAUGUGUGGCAAGCACUUACAGAAUUGAGCUUAUUUUUUAAAGAUCUUACUUCAACCACUUUAGGAGUGGAUGACAUGGAGAUAUUAGAGGCAGACAUCCCACAAAUCUUGUGUAAAUUAGAACGUAUAUUUCCCCCUGGGUUUUUUGACUCAAUGGAACAUCUUCCUGUGCACCUUCCAUAUGAAGCAAAGAUUGCUGGACCUGUACAAUAU